AUGGGCGACCACCUUCGCGUAGACGUUCUUAUUCUGGGUGCGGGACCAGCAGGUUUGAUGGCUGCCGCAUGGAUGGCUGUGACUGGGGUUCGAACACUGUUGGUGGAACGCAGGCCGCAAGGGACGCAGGACGGUCGCGCAGAUGGACUAGAAAGCCGGACAUUGGAGAUCUUGGACAGCUUCGGACUUGCCAAUGACAUCUGGGCUGAAGCGAAUCACACGGUCGAGCUUGCGUUGUGGUGUGAUUCGGUUGAAGGGGUCCUCCGAAGAGAGGAGAUCUCUGCAAAUACUGAGCCUGGAUGGUCCAGGUUCUAUGAAUCUACCCUCCGGCAGGGGAGGGUCGAGGAGCACUUGUUGAACUUUGUGCAGUCGGCGAAACACGUCGACAUCAGACGAGCGACAAUUCCCACGACCUUGGAUAUUGACUAUAGUACCAUUGAGGAUCACGCAACCUAUCCAAUCCGCGUGACACUGGACAAAGUUUCUCCAACUGAUUUUGUCAAGCCAAUGAAUUCAAUGUCCGGCGGCGAAGCGAGCUCUCCGAGCAGCGAGGGCAGCGAGACCAGCGUGACGUCUUCUACAGCUGACUCGGCAAUCGCGGGAUUGGACACCGUCGUUGAAGCCAAGUAUGUUUUGGGAUGCGAUGGAGCUCAUAGCUGGCUCCGCAAACAACUCGGCAUCCGAUUGGAAGGACAAUGCUCUGAUUACCAGUGGGGUGUAGUGGAUUUCAUUCCCAUCACAAACUUCCGUUCGGAUAUACGCAAAAGAUGCAUUGUUAAAUCCAAAUACGGAACACUGAUGGUGGUCCCGCGCGAGAAGCGCCUGGUACGGAUAUACAGCGAGCUGUCACCGAUAGCUUCUGCCCAAUACGCGAUUCAGCAAACUCCCGAGGUCAUCAUGGAUCGCAUCGCGGAGGUCAUGCAGCCAUAUAUGAUAAAAACAAACCGGAUCGACUGGCACACGACUUACAAGGUUAGCCAGCGGAUAUGCUCAAAGGUCUCAGUCCACAACCGUCUCUUCCUUGCUGGCGAUGCAGUUCACACCCACUCGCCGAAAGCAGGUCAAGGAAUGAACAUCAGCAUGCAGGACACAUACAAUCUGGGCUGGAAACUCGCUGCCGUGGCUCGUGGCGCCUCGCCGCCGGAUAUUCUAGCCACAUAUGCGCAAGAGAGACUUCCCAUCGCAGAACGACUUAUCCAGCUGGAUCAGCGCCUUUGCUGUGGCAUGUGCAGUAUGUCUCGCGGGAGGUUCGACGAGGACCAUAAGCGCGCUAUUCAAGAGGAGAAUACUUCGUUCUCGGGGCUCACCGCAACAUACCAAACAAAUUUACUCAUUAGCCCGUCGUCCGAAGCUGGAGGCUCGAAAGGUCCCUCCUUUUGCAGCAGGCCGUCUCUAGCCAAGGCUAUCAGGCUGGGAGCCCGGAUCCCCAGCAAACUGGUCCUGAAUCAGAGCGAUUCGCAAGCCUGCCAUCUACAACAACGCUUUUCCAGUACCGGGCAAUUGAAUCUGAUCAUUUUCGGGGUCGAUAUUUCUAAGAAUGAACAGAUGAUUCGCGUCAAUCGCUUAGCAGAAGCGCUCUAUCACCCGGCCUCAUACUUUCAGCAACUGAACAAGGCCAGCAGGCGAAGAGGCGGCGUCGGUUUGGUGGGAGUAUACCUGGUACAUUCCGCAAACAGAAACAGGAUCGAUCUUUUCUGUUUGCCGGAGAUUUUCCGUCCUUGUCUCGAGGACGGAAGUAUAGACUAUACCAAAGUAUUGGCGGAUAAUGAAUCGUACCACCAUUCUGGUGGAGGGGAACUGUAUACGUCCUUUGGCAUAGACCCAGAAGGGUGUAUGGUUCUAUUGCGACCUGAUCAACAUCUCGCCUUUUUGUCUAGUUUAGACGAUGUGCACGGCAUGGAAGGCUUUUUGCGUUCAUUUACUUGCCUGUGA